AUGUGCGAGAGGCCUGUUCGCGACCGAUCCAACGUCAUAUUCUUGACGGGUAUCACAGCGGGCUCCGUUGCUCUCGCCGCCGUCACCGUCCGCACGUGGUCCGCAAUCAGCCAGAACUCGUUCGGGCUAGAUGAUGUCUUUGCAAUAGCAGCCGAAGUAGCUUGUCUCCCCGUGACGGUGAUACAAUGUUACACGCCAAAGCUUGGUUUCGGGAAAGACACUUGGGUAGUUCCCCAUAGCGAUAUCUACAAGGUUUUGAGGCUGACCUACGGCUCCCAAAUAUCCUACUUCCUUUGCUGUGGACUCACCAAGCUCGCGUUCCUGUUCUUCUUUCUCCGGAUCUUUCCCUCGGAGACGACCCGAAAAUGGAUCUGGGUGUCUAUCGUCAUAUCCGUGCUAUGGACAAUCGCAUUCGCAUUCACCAUGACCUUUGCCUGCAGACCUAUCUCAGCAGUAUGGACUUCUUGGGACGGGACGAGCACGCCGGACUAUUGUAUAAACCAGAAUCUGUUCUACCUAGUAGCCGCGGCGUUCAACAUCGGUCUGGACGUCGCCAUCGUCCUGAUACCAAUCCCGAACCUGAUGACGCUGAAGCUCAGUUCGCGUAAAAAGGUCUUCCUCAGCGCGAUCUUUGGCGUCGGUGGCAUCGCCGUCGCCAAAUACGCCACAUCAACGAAUCCCAUGUACGACAACCUCAUGUCCGGCGUAUACUCCAUCCUCGAAAUCAACGUCGGCAUAAUAUGCGUAUCCAUGCCAGCCUUCCGAAGAUUCCUCGCUCAGCUGGUACCCAAGUGCUUUGGCUCGACGCAAAACAACUCCGACCCAAACGAAGACGACGACACUCCCAAUCGGCCAUCGAAGAAGAGGGGCAAGCCGAGCAGAAGCAUGCUGGAUGCAAGCUUGUUCAACACUACGAUGGCGAGGACGGUAGACGAUACGCUAGAGGGUAUUGGAAAGGCGGAAGACGAAGUGCACCUUGUAGAGCUGCGGAGAAGUGGAUCAAAAACUUCGACGCAGAACCUGGAUGGAAGUAUGCGAGGGCACGACGAGGAGAAGAUGCCUCCUAGCUACCACGCUUCAUGA